AGCGAUGAUAGAAUGCGACAGAGGAGCGCAUUUCGAGUCCUUGGAUAAUGUCGUCGUCCUCAGGUCGGCGGAAAAUCGCCCAUAGUGUAGCCAACAGUGAUCGGAGCGAAGAUGUUUCCGGAGGCAGCAUUCCCACCUUCGAAGCCAUGCUCCUGUCGAGGAGAACUCUCAUGGGUCUCCAAAAGAGCGGAUUUCAAACCCCAUCCCCGAUCCAAGCAAAAACCAUACCCAUGGCGAAGUGUGGAGUUGAUAUGAUAAUCCAGGCAAAAUCUGGAACGGGGAAAACUUGUGUCUUCGCUGUGGUUGCUCUGGAAAUGAUCAACGUUACGUUAAAUGAAGUACAAGUGAUAAUUUUGGCACCCACGCGUGAAAUCGCUCUCCAGAUCUGCGAUAACAUCAACUGCAUAGGGGUCGAGUAUCCCGGACUCAAAAGCUUCGCUUUCAUCGGGGGAAUCGCUCUGGAGCAGGACAAGGUCAAGAUCCGGAGAUGUCACAUUUUUGUGGGCACUCCCGGCCGGACGAAGCAGCUCAUGCAGGUGGGUUUGCUCAAGACGAGGAACGUUCGCCUAUUCGUUCUGGACGAGGCCGAUAAACUGUUGGAACCAUCUUUCCAUGAGGACAUCGACUUCAUCUACGCGGCGCUUCCAGUGAAUAAGCAGAUGCUCGCCUUGAGCGCAACAUUCCCCUCGGAAAUGGUCGGACAAUUGAGCAAGUACAUGCGAGCCCCGACCAUGGUUCGUCUCAACAGCGACGACCCCGCACUCCUGGGCAUUCGGCAGUUCUAUCACACAGUUCCCCAUCACAACAUUCCACACAUAGUAUUCCAGAGGAAGUUGAAAGUGCUGCUGCAGAUCUUGGUCGACGUUCCCUACACUCAGUGCCUGGUGUUCAUGAACUCGCAAUUGCGUGCUGAGAUGCUCCGCGAUAAACUCCGGGAAGCAAACCUGCCCUGCGAACUCUUAUCGGGAGCUCAACGGCAGAGCGAGAGGAUCUCUUCGCUGAUUCAACUGAAGCAAAACAAAUGUCGCAUUCUCGUGACGACCGAUCUCGCGGCUAGAGGAAUCGAUGCCGAAAAAGUUAGUCUCGUUAUAAAUUUCGAAGUUCCCAACGACAAGGAAACCUACCUCCAUAGGAUCGGCCGAGCCGGGCGCUACGGGAGCUUCGGCAUCUCAAUCAGCCUUGCGACCGAAGGCAAAGAAGCCGACUGUUUGACGAAAAUAACCGGAGAGUCGAACGUGUCUCUGCAAUACAUCGGAACCCUGAGAGAUUUCAGACACAUCCUCACGGUGACAAACGAACCGAUCGCCUCAAUCGAGAACGCGGUCGUGAAUCAGGUCAAAUAUCCAGCCGCAGAACUCACACCCGAAGAUGAAGCUGGAACGCCUCUCACUCCGGUGAGUUCCGCCAGCAACUGCAGCUCUCGACCCGAGUCCCGAGCGUCGAGUCGAGGGCCUUCGAGGAGGAGCAGUUUGAGAAGAAGACAGGCAAUAAGGAAUUUCGUCACGCAAUCCGAACCCUGCACACCCUUCAGACAACGUUCGAACUCGAGCCUUAGCAUGAACUUCGACCCCGAGCACAUGUCGUUGACAGAUUUGCAUCUUAUGGAAAAAGUGAAAAAGGCUCUGACUCCGAGCUGUGAAGACGUCAAUCUCCGAAGCAUCGACGAGGCCCUCGAGAGCCUGUCGAGCAUUCGAACGGGAAAAUUAGAAGCGCCGCGUUUCCAUGGAAGCCUCGUCUGGCAGCCCGUAAUGCAGCUCCCGGAUCUGACACCCACCGCUCCCGAGCCCGCUGACAUUCCCGAAGAGAAUUCCGACGAUGACGAGUCUCUCCGAGAGGAUUCGGUGAUUCAGAUGUACAGUUUGAACAUGCUGAAACCGCCUCCGCUUCAGGUUUCGACUCUCAGACGUUCGCCUCUGAGUCAAAGUUUGACGAAUCUCAAUCAGAUCGUUUCGUCCCUUUCCCGCCAGAACUCGUUCACUUCGUUCGUUCGAGUUCCAGGCUCCGCUGCCGGCGCCCGAUGGGAGAGUCGAGCAUCGUUGGCUAGUAUCUACGAUCGCUACAUGCGAGGAAUGGUCGCCGGUCGCAGUGAAUAUUUCCAACGACGGUGGUGA